AUUAAAGAGACAUACUCUCUCUCUCUUCGUUGCGUCCUCCAUGGAAUGUCAAGAGAGCGUGGGGAUCCGUGAUUUUCAAUUCGAGGAAGAAGAAGAAGAAGAAGCAUCAUCGCCUUCUCUCACCGCGUAAUCCACGAUUAUUACAUAUCCGUUCAAUCCAGAUCGCAGCUAGAGGAAGGCUUUAGCAUCAUUUUGAAGCUUAGGGGGGUAACAAUGUCAACAAAAGGAGACCAUCAUGCAGUUCCACUUUCGGUUUUGCUCAAGCGUGAAUCAGCUAACGAAAAGAUUGACAAUCCUGACCUUGUACACGGCCAGUUUAACCAGAGCAAGAAAGGAGAGGACUUCACUUUCGUUAAAACCGAGUGCCAAAGACUCACCGCUGAUGGCGUUACUACCUUCUCUGUUUUCGGGCUUUUUGAUGGACACAAUGGUUCUGCUGCUGCUAUCUACACUAAGGAGAACCUUCUUGACAAUGUAUUAGCUGCUAUACCCUCUGAUCUCAACAGAGAUGAGUGGGUCGCCGCGCUUCCUAGGGCUUUGGUUGCUGGUUUUGUCAAAACUGAUAAAGAUUUCCAAGAAAGAGCAAGAACCUCUGGAACUACCGUUACUUUUGUCAUUGUAGAAGGGUGGGUGGUGAGUGUUGCAUCUGUAGGUGACUCUCGUUGCAUUCUUGAGCCUGCUGAAGGUGGUGUCUAUCAUUUAUCUGCUGAUCAUCGCCUUGAAAUAAACGAAGAAGAGCGAGAUCGCGUCACUGCAAGCGGUGGUGAAGUUGGUCGGUUAAAUACUGGUGGUGGGACUGAGAUUGGUCCUCUACGAUGUUGGCCGGGUGGUCUCUGUCUCUCAAGAUCAAUUGGAGAUCUGGAUGUUGGCGAAUACAUUGUUCCAGUUCCUUAUGUGAAGCAAGUCAAGUUGUCUUCUGCUGGUGGUCGACUUGUCAUCUCAAGUGAUGGUGUGUGGGAUGCAAUUAGUGCAGAAGAGGCUCUUGAUUGUUGCCGGGGCUUGCCACCUGAAGCUUCGGCCGAGCAUAUUGUUAAAGCAGCUGUGGGGAAGAAAGGUAUUCGAGAUGAUACAACAUGUAUUGUCGUUGAUAUAUUACCAUCAGAAAAACCAGCUGCUUCCUUACCGCCUCCCAAAAAGCAAGGAAAAGGAAUAAUAAAGUCCAUGUUCAAAAGAAAAUCUUCGGGCUCAUGUUCUAAUAUUGAGAAAGAGUAUCUAGAACCUGAUGAAGUUGAAGAACUGUUUGAAGAAGGCUCUGCUAUGCUUUCGGAGAGAUUAGACACAAAGUACCCGCUCUGCAAUAUGUUUAAGUUGUUCAUGUGUGCUGUGUGUCAAGUAGAAGUGAAACCUGGAGAAGGUGUUUCGAUCCAUGCUGGAACGGCUAAUUGCCCAAAGCUUCGUCCUUGGGAUGGUCCAUUCCUUUGCGCAAGUUGCCAAGAAAAGAAAGACGCUAUGGAAGGGAAACGAUCAUCAGGAGAUAGACAUAGUAGUGAGAGCGACUAGCCAACAGCAAUUACACAACAUGCAAUUUAUUUGGUCAAGCAACUAACAAAAACAGUAUUGUGAGUAUAUAUAAAGUGGUGUUAAUGGAUUGGACCUUGUUUCUCCUUUUAUUGUUAAGUGGCCAACUUCUUAACUUAAGUUAAGAAAGUCCCACAUUGCUCUCAUUUGUGUAAUAGGCGGCCAAUUCCAACCUAUAUAAGGAGAGCCUUUGUUUGCUUAUGAAUAAUAUAUAUCAUUCUUUCACAAACAAAA